GCUGGCUGGCUGGCCGGAUGCUCGCCCCCGACACGCGCUCGGGCCCGGGAGGAGGAAAGGCUGGCGCGGGGGCGCGCCUGGCGCAGCAGGGCCGGCCACGAUGGAGCCCGUCAGCCUGGACAACCUUUCCAUUUUGUACCAAAGCCCCGACUUCAUUGUGGUCAACAAACACUGGGAUGUGCGCAUCGACAGCAAGAUGUGGUACGAGAAACUCACCCUGCAGAGCCAGCUGAAGUACCGCUUUCCCGAGCUAGCCGACCCAGACACGUACUAUGGCUUUCGCUUUUGCCACCAACUGGAUUUCUCUACCAGUGGGGCCCUUUGCGUCGCGCUCAACAAGGCAGCCGCUGGCAGUGCGUACAAAUGCUUCAAGGAGCGGAGGGUCACCAAAGCGUACCUCGCCCUCGUGAGGGGGCACGUACAGGAGGGGAAGAUGACAAUCCGUUACGCCGUCGGGAAGAACAUGACGGAGGGCUUGACUCACAUGAUGUGUAUUGAAGGGACCGAAGGUUGUGAAAAUCCGAAACCUUGCCAGUCGGAGCUGACCGUACUUGAACGUGGGCUGUAUUCUGGCGACCCGGUGACGAAGGUGCUGCUGCAGCCACUCACGGGACGAACCCACCAGCUCCGGGUCCACUGCAGUGCCAUCGGUCACCCCAUCGUGGGUGACUUUACCUACAGCUUUAAGAAGGACGGCGGUCCUUACCGGAUGAUGCUCCACGCUUACUACUUGCGCAUCCCGACCACCAAGGAGUUAAUCGAGGUGAGCGCGCCGGAUCCCUUCGUCCCCACCUUGGAUAGCAACUGGUCCCCUCAGGAAGCCAUGCGCCAGCUGGACAAGCUGAUCCAAGAGCUGAAAGAUGAGAGCGUCCAGGCGGAAGAGGAAGGCCGGCCGGCCGAGGACGGGGCGGGUAGCCCAGAUCUUGAGACGCCCCCGCGGGCCAAGAGCCCGGAGGCCAAAGAGUCACAGGGCAAGUGUGAGGAGUGGCUGGCCGAAUGGAGCCUAGAAUGAGCCACAGUGGCUUUCUUGGAAACUGUAAACAAACCACUGUGGUUCCCCACGAAUCCUGAACUGAGCACCGAGCCCCUCCGGAUCUUGUGUCAACACACCUGUCUUGUCUUUGCUUCCACCACUCCUUCAAAAUCUCCUUGAGAAUGUCACCGUGCCGGACAAGGAUCUGACUGUAUGGCCAAUGGGCUUUUCUUUGACCCCUGCCUUCAUGCCUGGCACAUUUUAGUCGUUGGGUGUGGGGGAAGAAAAGGUCUUGCACCCGAGGCGGCCGGGCGGCUUUUCGGCCUUGACUUUUCCUGCCUGUUGGAUGGGUGUCCAAGGGUUUUGUCUGGCUCAUGAGAUCUUGUUCCCCCAUGGAGGCUGGGAGAAUCCAUGAAGAAGAUCACGUACGGAGGGGAACGGCUGCAGCGCCUGUCCUUGGCCGUGGCAGAUUCGCCCUAGGUGCAUAUUCUGGUUUGGAAGGUAUGAAGGCCUCUUACGGACAACAGAUCAGCCCAAGAUUACUGAUCCACCCCUUGGUCAACAAAGGAAGAGAAAUCCUGAACCUAUGAAGUCAGGAAGAUCUCUUUUCUUUCUGUUUCUAGAGACUUUGGCUAGGUUUUUUCGCCCUCGCCUGCCUUCUGAAAGCACUCGCCUCUCUGUUUUAAAUAUGCCUCGGCAUUUUUUCACGUUGGAGAGGGGAAGGAGCCCAGCUUUUGAUCAGACCCACAACAGCCACGGCUGCCAAUCUUUGCCAAAAGAGUAAUGUUUUUCUACAGUGUUAUCUGCUCUGAAAAUUGUUUUGCUUUUUUUAAAGAGACCUAGUCCUAUGUGUACGAUUUUAAUUUCAGGUGUAAUUUCAUGGCGGUUCAGAAGUGGUUGAACUCCAAUGCCCAUCAACCCAGCUAGUGUGGCCAAAAGUUGUGGGUGAUGGGAGUUGGAGUCUACAGAAGCCUCUGGAGGACUGCAGGUCAAAACAUCUGUUCGAAAUGGACACCCUCUUCUUUCUCCACGGAAUUCCCUUCAUGUUCUUUAGAUCCUGGCUCUUUAGACCCAUACGACCGACCAUCACAAGGUGUACAAUUCUGACGUGGAAAUGAGUUUUGGCUCCUAUUUCCAUUUUCCCCACGGGACGUAAUCUUGUUAUCGUGGUUAGGAAAGGGAAUGGAAAUGUGCCUUAAAAGGGGAAGGGGCCCUGGAACGGCAGGUGAGAUUCCCAGCAGGCAUGCCGAUCCCCCCUCCUUACUUCUGCCUCUCUCUUUCCAACCUUCACCAUGCCUGCCACACUGAGCAGUGGCCAAAUCUGUUUUUUUAAAUUGCACCCUGGUGUAGAGGGUCCCAUAAAUGUUUUCUAAAACAUAUCGUAAGCAGAAUCUGUGUGCAUUGCAAAAACUUGGAAUCUGUGCUCCACAGUCAUAUUUCUUGAAUGACUAAUUCUAUAUAAAAAAGGUCCUCUCCCCCCCCCCAAUCCACAGAAAUAUCCUCUAUAAGCUUCUUGCACUAAAUACUGUCUGAAUUUCCCGAGCAUCUCACCUGACGUAGAACCCUUGCUGUAUUUCCGAUGCAAUAUGAUGAUGCCAGCGAGGCCAAGAAGAGAUGUCCGUCUGUAAUCGUGCAGGGUUACGGGAUGUCUCAGGAAAACAGAGAUCUUCCAAAGUUAUUCUCAGGAGGCGCAAAGCACGGCUCGCUUUGUGGGCGUAACUCUGGGGGAGUCGCUUUCUGCGCCACCCAGAAAUUCUUAUUUUUCACAUGUAAGAAAAUUGUCAGCAGAUUUUGUACAAGGGUGGGUUUUGUAAAAGGAUAGAGGCGGGUUUUGAUUACAUGGACGGACGGCACUUACUGCUCAGGGAGCAAAAAGCAGGGUUUCCUCCGUAUGAAAAUCCUGCCAGCCACUUGCAGAGUGCCUGCACUUGUGUGUUUGUUUUCCUCUGCUUUCUAAGAGAUGAAGCUCUUCUUUUUCAUGAUUGCACUUUCUAAAAAGGGAGGCGUUCGAACUGUGUUCUGGGGGGGUGGGCUUGUGAGCUGAGAUGUCUGAUGCCAUGCAAACCUUUCUGAAAGGGUGCGUUUGAUGUGCUUUCAUCUUGGGUGGUAUUCUCGGACAGAAUGUGUGAGCAUGACCAGUGGGUGUGAGCCUCCCCCCCCCAAACUGGCAAGUAUGAUGUUUUCUGAGCGUUAAGAUACAGUGGUGCCUCGCUAGACAGUUAUCCCGCUAUAGCGAUUCGCAAAACAGUGAUUC